CAGGCUGUGGUCUGAGCGCUCCCGCUGCAUGUCACAGUAAACAGGAAGAGCCAGUAGGCCGCCAGGAGGCCGACAGUACACCCUUUCCUCUUUCCCCGGGUAUACAAGCCCUGCUGAGCAGCAGCACAGAGACCUGUGUGGAGCAGGUGUCCCUGCAGGUGUGUGAGAGAGGCAGGUGUGUGAGAGGGGCAGGUGCGCUGUCCCUGCAGGAAUAGGCUCUGAUGGCAACUCCUACUACUGUUGUACGUGCCUGUGCGCACGUGUUCGUGUGCGUGUGUGUGUGUGUGUGUGUGUGUGUGUUGAAUGUGUGCCUCUGUGUCUGUGCGAGCACAUCUGUGUGUGUGUGUGUGUGUGUGUGCACGCGGGUGUGUGCGCGUGUGUGUGUGCGCGCGCGGGUGAGUGCGUGCUGCUUCUGCAGAAGAAAGGAAUGUAGCAACAGUGGGAAAGGAGCUGGUUUCUCAAGAACUGUGAACAAUAACCGACGGGGUCACACGUCUCGUCACUGCCAAUCAGAACGCUCGUCCGAGGGAAGCAGCCGGGCGAGAGAGAGAGAGAGAGAGAGACAGAGAGGCACAUGCUGCACCUUGCGGGAGGGACGUAUUUCUCUCUCUCUCUCUCUCUCUCUCUAUUAUUGUUCCUCCCGUGUGGGUUGAUCCUGCGGCUCCGGGAUUGAGCGUGCUGUCUUUUUCUGUCUCUCCCUCUGUUCUCACCAUGAGGACCCUUCAUAGGCUGAAGUUAAUGAGUUCCCCCAGCCUCAGCGAGCUGGGGAAGAGCGAGAAGAGCACGUCGGAGGAGAGGGGGACCCAGCAGAGGAGAGCGGGGGCCAACGCCACCUGGAACAGCAUCCACAAUGCGGUGAUCGCUGUAUUCCAGAGGAAGGGGCUGGCUGACGGCGAGCUCUACGUGCUCAAUGACGGGGUCAGGCAACUGCUGAAGACGGAGCUGGGGUCCUUCUUCACGGAGUAUCUCCAGAACCAGCUUCUCACAAAGGGCAUGGUCAUCCUAAGGGACAAAAUAAGGUUUUACGAGGGUCAGAAGCUGCUGGACUCUCUGGCGGAGACCUGGGACUUCUUCUUCUGCGAUGUCCUGACCAUGCUGCAAGCCAUCUUCUACCCUGUUCAGGGUAAGGAGCCCUCAGUGCGUCAGCUGGCUCUGCUGCACUUCCGCAACAUCAUCACCCUCAACAUCAAGCUGGAGGACGCGCUGUCCCGCCCCCGCGCCCGCGUUCCCCCCUCCAUCAUCCAGAUGCUGCUCAUCCUGCAGGGUGUCCACGAGUCUAAAGGUGUGAGUGAUGACUACCUGAAGCUGGAGUCCCUCAUCCAGAAGGUGGUGUGCCCCUACCUGGGCACGCACGGGCUCUUCUCUGACGAUGGCACCGUCAUGCAGUGCUCCUGUGUGCUGGAGAAGCGUCUCCAGCGCCGCUGGCCCAAGCCCGGUGAGCCGGUGUUGAAGAACCCGGUGGUGCGCUCCAAGAGCUACAACAUCCCGCUGCUGACGCCGGUGGUGGAGUACGAGUCGGACGCGUGCUCGGCGGGCAGCGUGGGCAUCCGCCGGCACUCCGUGUGCGAGAUGACGUCGUGCGCGGAGGAGCAGGGCUACGGCGGCCUGGGCCCCGGGGCGGACAGCAGCUCCCGGGCCUCGCUCGCCCAGCUCAGCCUGCCCGUGGAGCCGGACCCCGGGGCCUGCGGGGCGGCCGGCCAGGCCACCCUGCCCUCCCCCUCCAUCUUCCCCGAACUGUCCCUGGGACCCUUCCACCCGGCCGAGGAGGGCCAGCCGUCCCCCGCGGACCGGGCCCCCUCCCCCCUCCCCAGCUGCUCCUCCAGUCCGGAGACCAUCGUGGACCAGAUACUGGAGUCCAUGGACUCGGAGCCCGAGGGCAUCUUCAUAGACUUCCCGCACCACUGCUCGGACCCUCAGGGAUACGGCAGAGACAAUGGCAGACAGAGCGUGGUCUAGAGCACACCCCGCUCACACACACCCACACACACACACACACCCACCCACGCACACACACCACACACACACACACACACACACACGUCAACUUUCUACAACACGCAUUUUAUACGACUUUUUAAAAAGCUUUGAUAAACAAAAAGUGUUUUUUGAGAGGGUUUUUUUUGUUUUUUUUUUGUGGGUUUUGUUUUUGGUGUUUGAAUGUUUAAAGACUUUAGGUAAUUGGCGUUCCCCGUGCUCAUUAACAGUAGCACUGUGAACAGGUCGAGGUCCCAGUCCAGUGAAAAGUGGAUUCUAAUGUGAUUCUGUCUCGGGGAGAGGAACAGGGGGUAGACAUCGCAUGGGGUUAUAUACCUUUGGGCCUCUCCCAAUUUAAAUUGUUGGGUUUGUUUGUCUUGUGGUGGUCUAGUAUCUUGAUGCAGAUGUCGUGAUGGGGUGUGAAUUGAGAAGAGGGUCCCCCAGGCUCUCCUGUGAAACAUUUAGAAAUUUGCAGAGCGAUCGGGUGUCAAAAGCCUGAUCGCUUUUUCAGCUUUUAUUUGUGACUGACAUUCUGAAGAACCGGGGAUGGUAUAAAUAUUCUAUUAUAAUUAAAUUAAAGGCAAACAAAUCCAUCUAUCUAAUAUGCUUCAUAUGAAGAUAUACAUUUUGUUUUUAUUUUUUUAUGCUAUUGGUUUAUUAUUUAAAUGAAAAUCAUAUUAAAACCUAGUUUUAUGGAGCAUACUGCCCUUGCUCAUGCAAAGUUUUAUAAAUUCUACAAACAAUGUCUGAAUUGCAAUUAUACUGUGGUACCAAUUCAGUAUUUAUAUUUUUAAAGUUAUACUAGAUAUUAAUGGCAAAUAUUUAAUUAGGAAUACAGUGAUUGACAGAAGUAGAACGUGAUUAAUCACUUCUAAAUAUAUAAUUACUUGUUUCUUUCAUGUUAGCUGAUAUAGUGCCCAAGAAGUGUUUUUUAUACACUUUUAGAUUUUUUCAUGUGUUUUAUAAAGGGAGCCAAAAGUGCAUGUAUUUUACACAGACAUAACACUUUUUAAAGUGGUGCAGAGGUUUUUAACAUUUUUAAAUACCUUUUUUGUUUUAUCUUGCCGAUCUUUGAUCUGAUUCAGAGUGACCUUCACUGUACAUUAUGAUGUUGCUAUCAUUAUUUAUAUGUGAUUUUAUAUUUAAAUUAUGAAAAACAAAAAAUUUCGAAUCAAAAAAACCUCUGAUGAAAAUUACCCUCACUGUGUGUAUCGGUGCUUAUGAUGAAUUCAGUUCCUCAUCAUUCCGCACAAUCUUAUUUGAAGCUGCUUCUGAACUGGAGUCCUAAAGGCGUGUAUCAGGAAAGGCUGGUCCUUUGAGGCAGGGUCAUUAUCAUUAAAUGAGAAUUAAUAAACAUGAUAAACUGCA